CACGUGUUCGUGACUGUUGUCAUGGCAACGGUAAAUUAGUGACACACACUUGUUGAGGUGGCGGAUCACUCUCCAGUUUUUACCACUGAUUUUCAAACCAGAAUUUAACAUCAUCCAGUCUCAGAAAAAGACACAUAACAAUGUCAGAUGUAGAGUCUGAUGAGUUUGAUGAUGAACGCAGUAAACUCGGGGAAUAUGAAGGGGACAGAAAUGAAGCAGGGGAGAGACACGGAGUUGGUAAAGCUGUCCUGCCCAACGGAGACAUUUACCGGGGACAGUACGAGAAGGGCAAAAGACACGGAGAGGGGACAUAUCGCUUCAAGGAUGGGUCGAGAUAUGUGGGAGAAUAUUACCAGAACGUGAAACAUGGACAGGGAACCUUCUACUAUCCAGAUGGCUCUAAAUAUGAAGGGUCAUGGGUUGAGGACCUGAGACAGGGUCAUGGUGUCUACACUUACCCCAACGGAGACAAAUAUGAUGGAGAGUGGUUAAAUCACAUGAGGCAUGGCCAGGGCACUUACUACUACCACGAAACUGGCUCAAAGUACAAGGGCUCAUGGGUAAAUGGCAUGAUGGAGUCGGCUGGAGAGUACAUCCACUCUAACCACAGAUACAAGGGUAACUUUGUCAACAAUUAUCCAUCAGGCCCGGGGAAGUAUGUGUUUGACAUUGGGUGUGAGCAGCAUGGUGAAUACCACCAAGCAGAGCAGCCAGCGACUGUUGAGGAGGACGGAAAAAAUACAAAAGCACAAAGGUCACGCUACCCGGGCUCCAGGGAGGGUUACCUCACCUUAGGGAUCUCAGGAGGAGCAGAGGAGGUGGCACCACAGCCUUUAUACACAGCUGCUGAUGGUGGAUCGCUCUGCCAUCAGUGUCCUGCGUGAUGAUCGUCAAUACAUUACUCUUGUUGAACAUACUGCUAGAAGUGUUAUUCUUUUUUCAGUGUGCACUCUUGCCUGUUCUAAGUGCAUGUGGGACUUUAAAUCUAUGAUGCGGUCAUCAUUCUCGACCAUAUAAAAACUUCAGCAUGCAUGUAAACAACUUAGAAGUAUGUUGUGCAGAUGCGAGCUGCAACGUGCAUCGCGUU